CUUUUCCGCCUCAGCUCCGGCUCCACCGCCACGAUUGGCCAGCCGACCCCGGCCUCGGCCAAUAAGCGCCGCCCUCUCGCCCCCGUGUUACUGGGUAGAAGAAAACAAAAACAAACAGAGCGAGAGGGGCCAGAGACUCUCCGAGGCGGCGGCAGAGCCAGAAGAGCGGGGUCGGGGCCGGCUGACCAGGGAUCUGGGCGAGCAACGGCGGGGGCCCGAGGGAUUCUGAAGGAAGACUUCCAUUUGGUAAUUUAUUUAAUCAGUGCAAGUGAAAUUAAGGAAAAAUGGAUGUAGAAAGUGAGCAGAUACUGAAUGUAAACCCUGCAGAUCCUGAUAAUUUAAGUGACUGUCUCUUUUCCGGUGAUGAAGAAAACGCUGGGACUGAGGAAAUAAAGAAUGAAAUCAAUGGAAAUUGGAUUUCAGCAUCCUCCAUUAAUGAAGCUAGAAUUAAUGCCAAGGCAAAAAGGCGACUAAGGAAAAACUCAUCCCGGGACUCUGGCAGAGGAGAUUCGGUCAGCGACAAUGGGAGUGACGCCCUUAGAAGUGGAGUAACUGUGCCAACCAGUCCAAAGGGAAGGUUGCUGGAUAGGCGAUCCAGAUCUGGGAAAGGAAGGGGACUACCAAAGAAAGGUGGUGCAGGAGGCAAAGGUGUCUGGGGUACACCUGGACAGGUGUAUGAUGUGGAGGAGGUAGAUGUGAAAGAUCCUAACUAUGAUGAUGACCAGGAGAACUGCGUUUAUGAAACUGUAGUUUUGCCUUUGGAUGAAAGGGCAUUUGAGAAGACUUUAACACCAAUCAUACAGGAAUAUUUUGAGCAUGGAGAUACUAAUGAAGUUGCGGAAAUGUUAAGAGAUUUAAAUCUUGGUGAAAUGAAAAGUGGAGUACCGGUGUUGGCAGUGUCCUUAGCAUUGGAGGGGAAGGCUAGUCAUAGAGAGAUGACAUCUAAGCUUCUUUCUGACCUUUGUGGGACAGUAAUGAGCACAAGUGAUGUGGAAAAAUCAUUUGAUAAAUUGUUGAAAGAUCUACCUGAAUUAGCAUUGGAUACUCCUAGAGCACCACAGUUGGUGGGCCAGUUUAUUGCUAGAGCUGUUGGAGAUGGAAUUUUAUGUAAUACCUAUAUUGAUAGUUACAAAGGAACUGUAGAUUGUGUGCAGGCUAGAGCUGCUCUGGAUAAGGCUACCGUGCUUCUGAGCAUGUCUAAAGGUGGGAAGCGUAAAGAUAGUGUGUGGGGCUCUGGAGGUGGGCAGCAAUCUGUCAAUCACCUUGUUAAAGAGAUUGAUAUGCUGCUGAAAGAAUAUUUACUCUCUGGAGACAUAUCUGAAGCUGAACAUUGCCUUAAGGAACUGGAAGUACCUCAUUUUCACCAUGAGCUUGUAUAUGAAGCUGUUAUAAUGGUUUUAGAGUCAACUGGAGAAAGUACCUUUAAGAUGAUUUUGGAUUUAUUAAAGUCCCUUUGGAAGUCUUCUACCAUUACUGUAGACCAAAUGAAAAGAGGUUAUGAGAGAAUUUACAAUGAAAUUCCAGACAUUAAUCUGGAUGUCCCACACUCGUACUCUGUGCUGGAGCGGUUUGUAGAAGAAUGUUUUCAGGCUGGAAUAAUUUCCAAACAACUCAGAGAUCUUUGUCCUUCAAGGGGCAGAAAGCGUUUUGUAAGCGAAGGAGAUGGAGGUCGUCUUAAACCAGAGAGCUACUGAAUAUAAGAACUCUUGCAGUCUUAGAUGUUUUAAAAAUAUGUAUCUGAAUUGUAAGAGUUGUUAGCACAAGUUUUUUUUUUUUUUUUUUUUAAGCACUUGUUUUGGGUACAAGGCAUUUCUGACAUUUUAUAAACCUACAUUUAAGGGGAAUUUUUAAAGGAAAUGUUUUUUCUUUUUUUUUUGUUUUUCGAGGGGGCAAAGGAGGGACAGAAAAGUAACCUCCUCUUAAAUGGAAUAUUCUAAUAAGCUACCUUUUGUAAGUGCCAUGUUUAUUACUUAAUCAUUCCAAGUUUUGCAUUGAUGUCUGACUGCCACUCCUUUCUUUCAAGGACAGUGUUUUUUGUAGUAAAAUCACUGGUUUAUACAAAGCUUUAUUUAGGGGGUAAAGUUAAGCUGCUAAAAACCCCAUGUUGGCUGCUGCUGUUGAGAUACUGUGCUUUGGGAGUAAAAAAAGAAAGUUGUUUCUUUGUCUUAAAGAAUUUUUAAAAAAUUAGUCAUGAGACUUAUUCAUCUUUCCAGGGAACAUACUGAUUGGUCUUAAAAGACUAGACAAGUUAAGUAAAUGGUGGCUGGAACAUCUAUUUUUCUACAAAACUGGAAAAAUGAACCUGGUUCUAGAAGAAUGUACACCAAAAUAAAACAUGUGAAGCAGUGUUGAUUCUUUAUUGGGAGUACAUUAUUUUAGGUCUCUUAAACUUUAAUUUCAUACAGUAAAGUUUAAAUCUCAUAAGGAAGCAUAUUUGAACCUAGUGUAUUUAAUCUUAGUGUUCCUUGAAAACUUUUUUUCCCUACAAAAUUUUAAGUGAAAAGUACAAUUGUAAAUUAAGAUUACACUGGGGAAGAAAAUGCAGGUAUCACUUUACUCCAUUGUUAUCUGACCUAGAGCUUAAUUAAGUUUUAGAAAUAUGUUAUACCUUCCAUCAUUCCAUCAUCCUUAAAUUCUGUUACCAAGUAAUGGCUAGUGUUACAAAAAGUUAUACUCCAAAGACCCAAAGCUUGACAUUUACCCAAUGUAUGAGAAUAUAUUACCAAUUAAUAACACAGAAUGAUCAUAUUUUUAACCUCUUUUACAUAGCCUAAUAACUCAGCAAGGCCUCAAGGUCUAUGCUAAUUUAAACUGCCAAAUAUUGACUGUAGCAAACAAGAAUUAUAUUCAGAAUUUAUGAGGGUACUGUUAGGAGUAUACUAAUUACAGGUUUAGAUACAGUCCAUUAGAAUUAAAACCAAGUUUAAUGUUCAUAUUUACCUCAUGGGUUUUAUCAAGCCCAUAUUACCUCGGCUUAUAUAAAUAUAGUUACCAUUUUUAGGUUUUUUAUUGUUUGACACUUGGAUGAUAAAUGCAGUCAUUUUAUUCUCAAGUCCUUAAAAUUAAUGUAAUUAAAAGUUAGCUGACCACAGAAUAGGUGAGGGUUUCUUAAAAAUGAGAUUUAAGGGCUGGGCGUGGUGGCUCACGCCUAUAAUUUCAGCACUUUGGGAGGCCGAGGUGAGCGGAUCACCUGAGGUUGCGAGUUUGUGACCAGCCUGACCAACAUGGAGAAACCCCAUCUCUACUAAAAACACAAAAUUAGCCAGGCGUGGUGGCGCAUGCCUGUAGUCCCAGCUACUUGGGAGGCUGUGGCAGGAGAAGAGCUUGAACCUGGGAGGCGGAGGUUGCAGUGAGCUGAGAUGGUGACAAUGCACUUGUUUGGGCAACAAGAGCGAAACUCUGUCUUAAAAAAAAAGAAGGUUUAAGACAGUUUUGUUAUUACUGGUAGGAUCCGGUCGCACAAGAUGAUAGCAUUAAACGUGACACGGCACAUAAAAUUGGUUUAAAAAUUUUGUUUUUUAUAUAAUGUAAAAGCUCAAUUAACACUUUAUGCAAGAUUGGAAUGUAUCUUCAGAUUUAAUAAACAUAUAAAGAUCCUCUGUA